AUGGCGAUCAUCGAGUUGGCGCACAUCACCCUCAAAAACGGCAUCACAGCGACGGAUCCAGAACUCAAGAAAAACCUGAGGGAAGUUAAAAGAGUGAUCGAAGAUUACAGCAAGCUACAAACCCUGUUCUACACACAAAUCGACGACCCCUCGGUCAUGUUUGUGAUUGGGGCAUGGGAGACUAAAGACCACCAUCAACAUAGCUUUGACGGAUCCCCUCAACAGGCGGAAAUCCUCACACUCAUCAAAGACCAGAUGGGCAUUGACUGGAUGCACUACAUUGACGCGGACCAGUCACGGAUCCCGCUCGACGCACCGGUGCUGGCCAUCAUCAAGGAAACAUUCGCCAAACACGGAGUGGUGCGAACGCAGUUUGACCAGGAAUUCGCAUCGCAGACGUCGAGUUUGGGCGGAGCGCGGUACGGAGCCAUCUCGGCCUGGAACAUCCCCAAGGACAACAAAGAGAGAGAUAUCAGGGUGAACUUUUCGGGGUGGGAGAGUGUCGAGGAGGCCACCGCGGCGUUUGCUAACACAAUCGAGAACGUCGGGGGGUUCAGAGCCAGACCGACCGAGCUGAAUUUCUUCUUUGUGAAGCGGACAGAGUUGGAUUGA